CCUCCCGACCCUCCCCCCUCUCGUGUGCUCUCUCUCUCAGUCUCUCUCUCUCAAAUAAAUAAAUAAAAUCGUUUUUAAAAAAAUUAAGAUAUAUUUUUAACCCACUCAAACUUUUCAUUUAAGAAAUAUACACAACUUAUACUCUAUGAUAUAAAUACAGUACUCAAACAUGUGUAUGCCUCUAUUGAAACCUUCAGUUUCAACUUAUCUUGGAGAAAUACGGAGGAUUUAUAGUGGUUCUGUGGAUCAUAUGCCACCUUGUUACCUAAAAUUUAGAGAAUAAAUAGAAGUAUAUUACUCUGUUAAAAAUUAUCUUACUGGAUAAAGCAGGACACUCACCUCAGCCAGAACCAUUUGUCCUAACUCCUUCUUUUCACUUUGGGUAAAAUUAUGAACUCUGUCAAUGGCCACUUGGUCACUGUGGUAUUUAUUGCAGGGACUGCUGACAUUCAGGGAUGUGGCCAUCGAAUUCUCUCAAGAGGAGCGAGGAUGCCUGAACCACACUCAGAGGGAACUGUACAGGGAUGUGAUGUUAGAGAACUACGGACACCUCCUCUUCUUGGGUCUUGUUGUGUCAAAGCCAGACCUGGUCACCUUUUUGGAGCAAAAAAAGGAGCUCUGGGAUGUGAAGAGAAAGGAGAGCAUAGCCACACACCCAGAUCUUAUUUGUCAGAGAAAGAGAGAGAGAGAGCACAAGCAGGGGGAGCGGCAGAGAGAGAAGCAGGCUCCCCGCUGAGCAAGGAGCCUGACGCGGGGCUCGAUCCCAGGACCCUGAGAUCACGACCUGAGCCGAAGGCAGACAGAUGCUUAACCAACUGAGCCACGCAGGCACCCCAAGCCAUCUUAUUUUGUAAAAAAAAAAAAAAGCUUUUCUCACUUGUGGGAUUUCUGAGUGUAUCAAAGAAAUUGCAUGAUUAAAACAGAGGUAAAUGGUUGAAAGAAUGAUAAACUCAAUGUCGGAAUCCUGAGUUCUGCCAGUGGGAAGAUUUCUAGAUGUCAGGCUUCAGGCCUCUUCAGAUGGAGUCCAGGCAGUGGCAAUCUGACAGAUUUUCCUGGUCUGCCGUUGAGCUUUCUGAGUGGUCCACAGAGCAAGAGGCAAGAAGAUUGUGUAAACAUGGGCCAUUUGGGCAGUUUCUCUGAAGUUUACGUGGAGUCAACUAGCUUCAGUUUGUAGGAACAAAGGGAAGUUUUGGUCCUCAGUGAAUCCAAGUCAAGGGAAUGGGAUAAAAUUGGAAAACUUAGUUUGCAGAGUCAUAGCCAGAUACUAGAGGAAACCAGGAGAAUUCAGGAUCUAGCCAGUUUUAUAGGCAAACAACAUCACAAUUGGAAUCUAACAUCCAUAAAAGUUUGUUAUGAAAAUAGAAUUUUUCUCUCUAAAAUUAACCUCCUCUUUAACAAACAUAGUGAAUUGAGACUAUUUGUAAAAUAAGCCUAGUUUUAUUUUUUUUUAAGAUUUUAUUUAUUUAUUUGACAGAGAGAGACACAGCAAGAGAGGGAACACAAGCAGAGGGAGUCGGAGAGGGAGAAGCAGGGUCCCUAAAGAGCAAGGAGCCUGAUGCGGGGCUCGAUCCCAGGACCCUGGGACCAUGACCUGAGCUGAAGGCAGACGCUUAACGACUGAGCCACCCAGGCGCCCCAAAAAAUAAGCCUAGUUUUAACAAGCUUGGCCUAAUUAUUUAUAUAAGUGCAGCAUGAAUAGUGACUGGCUAUAUAGGGUCUUUGAAAUCUGCUUUGCUGGAACUCUUUAUAAGGAAUUUCAGACUGAACUUUUAUUUAAGUGUUUUUGUUUGGUUGAUUUGCUUGUUUUGUUUUUUGUAAUCUUUACACCCAGUGUGGGCUCAAACUUAUGACCCCAAGGUCAAGAGUCGGAUGCUCUUCCAACUGAGCCACCCAGGUGCCCCUCAGAAUGAAUUUUUAUUUUUUAUUUUUUUAUUCUUAUGUUAAUCCCCAUACAUUGCAUCAUUAGUUCUAGAUGAAGUGUUCCAUGAUUCACUGUUUGUGCACAACACCCAGUGCUCCAUGCAGAACGUGCCCUCCUCAAUACCCACCACCAGGCUAACCCAUCCUCCCACCCCCCUCCCCCCUCAGAAUGAAUUUUUAAAGCCUUGUGAGCUUAAGAAGCCAGGCCAAAUACUUGCCAUCAAAUUCACCUGUAAUACCUAUAGAUGUGGGUACUUCUUCUCUUCUUGAGUCCCCAAAGUAUCUUCAGGUUCUUAUGCCUGCCAGAAAGUGAACUUAUUUAAUCACCUGGUAAGGCUCUUGAAAACACUGCAAGCAAGGUACCAUGCAGAUUAUUUCAAGGGGCUUUAUUGGUUUCAUAAAGGUGACCUUAGUUCCUUAAAGCUAUCUGUUCACAUCUGAGUCUAUAACGCUCUCAAAUAUGACAUUCCUAUCAAAGCCUUGGUAGUAUAACCAACAUUUCCCAUGAUGAUCCAUUGCAAGGAGAAGAGAUUCUUAUUAGCCCAAAGGCUGAUGGCUUGUUAGAAAUGCAGACCCAGAUCCCACUCCAGAACUCCUGAAUCAGAAUUGAUUUUUUUUUUGAGUUGACAUUUUUUUUUUAAAGAUUUUAUUUAUUUAUUUGAGAGAGAGAAUGAGAUAGAGAGAGCAUGAGAGUGGGGAGGGUCAGAGGGAGAAGCAGACUCCCCGCUGAGCAGGGAGCCUGAUGUGGAACUCGAUCCCAGGACUCCAGAAUCAUGACCUGAGCCGAAGGUAGUCGCUUAACCAAAUGAGCCACCCAGGGGCCCAGAGUUGACAUUUUUAAUAAGGUCUCCGAUUCCCUGUUGUGAAAUUGGAUUUCACAUUAGAAUUUUAUAAGUUCACUUCUAAACUAUUAACAUUUUGGGUGCCUGGGUGGCUCAGUCGUUAAGCGUCUGCCUUCGGCUCAGGUCAUGAUCCCAGGGUCCUGGGAUCGAGCCCCGGAUCGGGCUCCCUGCUCAGAGGGAGGCCUGCUUCUCCCUCUCCCACUCCCCCUGCUUGUGUUCCCUCUCUCACUGUGUCUCUCUCUGUCAAAUAAAUAAAAUGUUUAAAAAAUAAAUAAAUAAAAAAUAAACUAUCAACAUUUCCUUCUAAUAAAUAUACACAACUUUUACUGUAUGACAUAAAUACUCUAAAAUGUACAUGCUUGGGUUGAUACCAUUAUUUUAUAAUACAUGUAGGAGAAACAUACAGUAUUUUUAUUGUUUUGGGGGGUCAUAUGCCAUCCUCUUACUUCAGAGCUAGAGAAUACAUUACAGCAUAUUACUGUGUUGAAAAUGAUCUUAUUGGAUAAAGUAGGGAAAACACCUAAGCCAGAAACAGUUCUCCUAAUUUCAUCUUCAGUAAAUUUGAAUCCUACCCAUCACCACUUGGUCAAUGUGUUACUUAUUUCUGGGGCUGCUGACCUAUAGGGAUGUGAUGUUAGUGACCUACGGACACCUACUCUUCGUGGGUGAGGAUAUCUUCCUUCCAGAUUUCCCAAGCCACACUCAGGGUUUUGUUCCUUCCUUUAAAGAGUAUGGCUUCAAAGAUUCUUCUUUGCGUGACUGGAAUUCAGAUCCCUGCAGUAAGGGACAUAAGUAAGGGUUUAUAGGUGCAGAGAAAAAAAUCUUCACGGUGUUUCAUCUUUAGCUUCCCCUUCCUUCCUUAAGGUAACAUCAUCAUUUACCGUAGAUUAGUGGUAAUUCUAAAAAUGCAGUUGUAUAGGGAUCCCUGGGUGGCUCAGUCAGUUAGACGUCUGCCUCUGGCUCAGGUCAUGAUCCCAGGGUUACGGGAUUGAGUCCUGCAUGGGACUCCCUGCUCAGUGAGGAGCCUGCUUCUUCUUCUGCCUCUGCUGCCCCCUACUUGUUCUCUCUCUCUCUCUCUCUGUAAGAUAAAAAAAUAAAAUCUUUUUAAAAAAUGCAGUUGUAUAAAAUGAUACUGCUCCCAACUUAAACUCCAUUUCCCGCCCUUUGUUUUUGUUUCUAUUAUACUCGGAAGUGGAGCUCAAGAUCUGAACUUUGGAAAUCCCUCCUGUGUGUUCUAAAAGGGGCUGUAGAAAACAGUAUUUUGGGAAAUUUUCUAGAAUUCUACAAUGUCUUCUCUACUGAGGAGAAUACUGGAUUGAAAAUUAGAGACUCGGGUGCCUG